UACAAGUGUGACUAUGCAACGCUCAAUUCCAUUCUCCUGGCACCAACAGCCAGCACUGUGUUGACUAAGCAGAAGAUUAGAGAUCGAACCCCAGUGAAACCCUUUCACCCAGUGUGCUACAAUCCAGAACACAGUGGUACUUUAUCCAAGAUUUGUUUGGGCAAACGGGACCUGAGCUAUGACAAAAACGAUCUACCUAGUACCAAACAAGCUCACCAUCUCCUCAGAAGAAACAAGCAUUUAAUUUCACAGCAAGAAUACGAUUGCUCCCAAUCGAAGAUUCACUUCUUGCCAGUUUUCAACAGCCACACAGAGCAAUCCUUAGGCGACUGUUCAUACUUGGAUACUUGCCAUAAGAUGAAGACAUGUAGAUACUUACAUUAUUUUACAUUGCAUCCCGAACUGGGCAAUUCUUCCAGAAGGAAUCGCAACAUCAGUGAAUACACCAUUGAUGAGUGUUUCAUGGAGCAUGAGAGGGAAGUCAUCCCGGCUCAGUGGAUCAAAUGCGAUAUUCGCUACUUACCUUUACUGGUUCUAGGGAAAUUUGCAGCUAUCAUUUCGGAUCCUGCUUGGGAUAUUCACAUGUCUUUGCCAUACGGUACUUGCAAAGAUACAGAAUUGCUAUCAUUGAAUAUUGGAGCUCUACAAGAUGAAGGAAUUUUACUUCUUUGGGUUACCGGCCGUUCCAUUGAAGUUGGCCGGAAAGCCCUUAAGAGGUGGGGUUACAGAAACUGUGAUGAAUUGAUUUGGGUGAAGCUUAAUCAAUUGAAGAGAACAAUUGUAACAGGGCGUACGGGUCACUGGCUAAAUCAUUCUAAAGAGCAUCUACUUGUUGGAAUAAAGGGAAAUCCGAUUUGGCUAACUCGUCACAUUGACACUAGCGUGCUUAUCAGUAAUACCAGGGAAACCCUGAGAAAACCAGAUGAGGUAUAUGAUUAUGUAGAGCGGUUGGUUGGAAUCCACACACGCAAAUUGGAAAUAUUUGGACGGACUCAUAACACUCGUCCAGGGUGGUUCACUGUUGGCAAUCAGUUGAACCAAAGUUCAAUUCAUGAAAAAGAAGUCAUUUUGAGGUACGAC